AUGAUCGGCAAGGAACAAGGCUUGCGUGGUUUCAUACAAAGAAAACUGGAAUCCCUGAAUGUGAGUAAAGACCAAAUAUUGUGGUACCAUUGCAUUAUACAUCAGGAAUCACUUUGCUCCAAAAUCAUUAAGUUUGAUCACGUCAUGGAUAAUGUCGUGAAAGCUGUCAACUUCAUUCGGAGUCGUGCGUUAAAUCAUCGACAGUUUCGAAAUUUUCUCGAUGAGAUAAACGCCGAAUUUUCUGGCAUUCCUUACUUUACCGAGAUCAGGUGGCUCAGCUGUGGACGUACUUUGAAACGCUUUUACGAUAUUCGAGAACAUGUGGCAGCAUUUCUUGAAGCAAAAGGAAAUUCAUGCAUUAGUUUUGAUGACGACAAAUGGAUGAAUGAUUUUUCCUUUCUGGUGGACAUUACACACAAGCUGAAUGAGUUGAAUGUGCGGUUACAAGGAAAAGAAAAACUCAUCCAUAAUUUGUUUGGGGAGAUGACAGCUUUCCAAAAGAAACUGGAUUUGUGGAUUACUCAAAUUGCUGACAGCAAUUAUGCUCACUUCCCUUGCCUUCAGGAACAGCCGCACAUUUCAGUCAUAAAUCGGGAAUUCUUUGUGAGCGAGUUAAAACGGAUGCAGGAAGAAUUUGCCAGGAGAUUUAAGGAUUUCCGUGCUUGUGAAGACCAGCUGAAAAUUUUUUCAAUGCCUUUUGACGUGGAUCCUGCUGAUCCCCGUUGA